AUGAAGUUCGCUGACGACGCCAUGGUGGUGGGCCUCAUGAGAGACGAUAAUGACCAGGCCUACAGAGAGGAGGUGGAGCAGCUGGUGGAUUGGUGGAGAGAUAACAGCCUGAUCCUUAAUGUGGAGAAAACUAAGGAUAUCAUUGUCGACUUCAGGAAGAACCAGGUUAACAACAGUCCAUUGCUCAUCAACAGCUCAGCUGUAUCCCUGGCAUUAAAUGACUGUCUGCGAUUUAUUUCCACAGUGGGGCAGCAGGAACGUUCCAGCAGCUUAGAUCUUCUUCCACCAGACAUGUCUGAGCUUCGACUGGUUCUACUUGGGAACAACCCGUGUCAGAGAAAUCAGGUGGGAAACAUCAUACUGGGAGGGACUGUGUUCACAGAGGUACCAGACUGCUGUGUGAAAGUCAGGGGACGCACCAUGUGGAAACCAACAGUUCUUAUAAACACCCCAGAUCUGCUGCACCUGAACGUCUCUGAGGAUAAAGUAGCAGAACAUGUAGAACAGUGUGUGAGACUGUCUGAUCCUGGACCUCAUGUCUUCCUGUUGGUUCUACAGCCUGAAGAUUUCACUGAGCUUCAGAAAGAAAGACUAAAAACAGUCCUUGAAAACUGUGGAGAUCGAUCAUUUGAACACUCACUAGUGCUGAUAUCAACACCAAAAAAAGAGAAUUAUGCUGAAGCCUGGUUGGACCAUCCACCUUUGAAACAAAUGAUCAAGUUGUGCAGAUACAGAUAUGUGCUGCAGAAGAACCUUGAUCUCCAGGAGCUGUUUGUGCGCUGCAGACAGAUUCUGAGGGAGAACGAUGGAAAACAUGUCAUCUGUGAUUUAUCUGACUAUGGUGCAGCUCAUUCUGAUCCAAACGAACUGGCAGGACUACCGGCUAACUUCAAUCCAGCUAAAAAUGCAG